UUAGAAAACAUGUCAUGCAUAACUGCUAAAACUCAGUUACUAAAGCUCUUUCAAGCAGUAAUGUGUACAAAUUACGCCGUAACUGAUCAAUUAUGAGACGUUUUCCCAGCCACUACGUGAGAAGUGGUCAUUUCCCAUGCUCUCAAAGUAGCGCGCAUUGUAUCGGGUGGGGGCUGCUGUUAACUUGUCCCUCAGUGAACGAUGGCGUCGUCUUCCAACAACACUGCUGGCGCGAACAAUCAGGUGAGUGUUUAAGUUUGGAACAAUUACACUGCAGUCUGUGAAUACUACGAAUUUAAGAAGUGGCUAUUGUUACGGUUAAUUUUUCGGCUAUUCUGUUUUUUUAUUUUAUAACGUUUUUUGCUGAAAUGCUAGCUCAACAGAAACGCCUCGCUAUCAUUUUCGGCUGAAACUUACAUCCUAGUUGAUCUGUAAGCUUGGAGAACAACAAAGUUAGUGAAGUAACGUAAAAUUCUUUGUAUUUAAUUUAGGAGCAGCUAAAAAGAGAGAUGCUUCAGCGACUACUGCAUAAAGUUUCCCAGGUCAUGCACAGACAACCCCUCGAUGUGGACUAUUUGCAGUUUGUUAUCGACCAUGAGAUGGUCCUUUUAAGAUCUUUGUCCGAUCAGGUUGAGAUCCCUCAAAGUAUUAUAAAUGCUCUGAUAGAGCUGUCAACUGUGCUCAGUAUGGAGGACGUCAAUGAACAAACCCCCUCUCAGAUGUCAGUGUCAGAAGGAAAGCUGGGACGUCCAAAUUACAAUGUAUCGCCUGUACAGCUCCAGAUACUGACAGAAAUGUUCUUAUCAAUCACCCAAAUUGCAAAACUUCUUGGAAUAUCUGUGAGGACAGUGAAAUGUCGUUUGCAUGAAUAUGGCAUUUCCAUAAAGCAGUGCUACAGUACAACAAGUGAUGAAGAGCUGGACAAUUUAGUAAGAUCUAUAAAGACAAGAACACCUCAUGUUGGAUACAGGAUGAUGAAAGGGAUGGUUCAAGCCAUGGGCCACCAUGUACAGUGGAAGAGAGUGUACUCGUCGAUGCACCGUGUGGACUCUGCUGGUAUUUUCUCAAGAAUGACAAGGCUGGGAUUUGUGGUCCGAAGGACAUAUUCAGUGCAAGGUCCUCUUUACUUGAUGCAUAUAGACACAAACCAUAAACUAAUAAGAUUUGGCCUGGUGAUAUUCGGAGGGAUAGAUGGGUACUCAAGAAAGAUCAUGUACCUGGGUGCUGCUGCCAACAACAGAGCAUCAACUGCACUUGCUUUCUUCUUGGAGGCUGUACAAAAGUAUGGCUUUCCAUUGAGAGUUCAAGGGGAUCAAGGGGUGGAAAAUGUUGGAAUAGCAAGAUGCAUGUUCACCAUCCGGGGCUGUGGAAGAGGAAGCUUUCUGUCAGUCAGGCAAGAGUGUUCACAACCAAAGAAUAGAGCGCUUGUGGCGAGAUGUGUGGAUGGCUGUUUCAAGCGUGCACUAUGAAACCCUUCACAACCCUGAGGAUGAAGGCCUUCUGGAUCCCACUGAAUAGUUUCCACAUGUUUUGUGCCCAACAUACAUUUCUUCCACGUCUGCAGAGGGAUCUGGAUGUCUUUAGACAGGGUUGGGAUAACCACCCUCUAAGGACAGAGAGGAAUCUGUCCCCACAACAACUGUGGACACUGGGACUCCACCAGAAUCCAGUUGAUACUCCAGACACAGUGAAGGAAAUCGAGGAUGCGUACUUAGAUGUUAACUCUAUUGGUGAGCUGGAUGGGAGCAAUCCUGGAGUAAUUCUUCCAUCUGUUGAAUGUCCUCUAUCUGAGGAGGACAUGGCAAGACUAAGAGACACUGUCAAUGUAACAAGGCCCUCUCAGUCACAUGGCCGAGACAUUUAUUUGGAUGUAUUUAACUUUGUACUAACUCACCGUUCCUAG